GACGUUGCCCAUACUGGCUCACUGACUAGACGAAGUCGAAGGAGGAGCUGGGGGGAAUGGGCCACCUUUGAGGGGAAGGAGGGGCCCGAACCACGGCGGGUUCCCACGUAACCUUGUCUAUUUUAUACGUGCGCGUGUGUGUGGAAGCGUGUGUAUGUGUGCCUCGUAGUCAGUGAACCGUCGCGUGGAGACAUUUCCGCCCACAGUAAAGAUGGCGGCUCCCUGGCUGGAGAAUCUAUCGGAGUCUUUGGGUUCUUCUGAGCCUGCUGUUCGGUUAAUAUUGUCCAUUUUAGUUGGAUAUCCAUUUGCCUUGAUCUACCGGCGUUUCUUGUUCCACCAGCCCGCCACCGUUAUCCACUUGUUCCACACCUUCUCUGGAUUGGCCCUCGCCACGUUUAACUUUGCAGGUUCCCAGAUCUUUCACUCAGCAAUAUGCAUCCUUGUCCAGUUCCUGAUGCUGAGGCUCAUGGGAAGGACGGUAACGACCAUCCUGGGCAGCUUCAGCUUUCAAAUGUUAUACCUGCUGGCAGGCUAUUACUACACAGAAACAGGGGAGUACGACAUCAAGUGGACGAUGCCUCACUGCGUCCUCACGCUCAAACUCAUUGGUUUGGCAUUUGAUUACUAUGACGGCGGGAAAGAACCAGGAGAGCUGAGCGGAGAGCAGAAGACCUCUGCCCUGCCGUGCGUUCCCUCGCUGCUGGAGGUGCUCGGCUUCUCCUACUUCUACGGAGGCUUCCUGGUGGGCCCGCAGUUCACGCUGCACAGCUACCAGAAGCUGGUGGCGGGGGAGCUCAGCGACUGCCCGGGAAAGCCUCCAAACAGCGUAGUACCAGCUGUGAAGAGAUUCUCUCUGGGUUUUCUCUUUCUGGUUAUAUUUGCAAUAUUCAGUCCUCAUUACCAAGAGAGCUACUACCUGACAGAUGAGUAUGACGCUCGUCCAUUCUGGUUUCGCUGCAUCUUCAUUCUGAUUUGGGCUAAAAUCAUACUGUAUAAAUAUGUCUGCUGCUGGCUCAUAGCCGAGGGCGUUUGCAUCUUGACUGGGCUAGGCUUAAACGGCGUGAGGGACGGUGAGCCCCAGUGGGAUGCUUGCGCUAACAUGAAGGUGUGGCUCUUCGAGACCACGCCGCUCUUCGGGGGGACCAUCGCCUCCUUUAACAUCAACACCAACGCUUGGGCUGCCAGGCAAGUGUUUAAGCGGCUGAAGUUUUUAGGCAACAAGACACUCUCCCAUGUGUCCACUCUGCUCUUCUUGACCAUGUGGCACGGUCUUCACUCCGGAUACAUCAUGUGCUUCUCCAUGGAAUUCUUCAUCAUCACUGUGGAGCGACAGUAUCAGUUGCUGGUGCGUGACAGUCCAGUGCUGACUAAUUUGGCCGACGGUCCCCUUUACCCGCUCAUCUACGUCAUCCAGCAGGUCAUACACUGGCUCUUCAUGGGCUACGCGCUGGUGCCCUUCUGCAUCUUCACCUAUGACAAAUGGCUGAAGGUGUACUUUUCGGUGUACUUUUGUGGUCACGUCUUCUUCCUCGUAGCCUUUUUAAUGGUGCCGUACCUGCGGAAGGCGCUGGUGCCAAAGAAGGAACGCAGCCCACACAAGCAGGAUUAAAAACUCUCUACCCAAAGACGGCUAGGUCAAAAUAUCCACUGAAGGGACCAGUAACUUUCAAAAGGAGCGGAAAGGAAAAUAUUUUAAGGCCUUUAGUAUAUAUAUAAUAUCUACAUUUGUCCAUGUGAAAAUAAAUCUAUAUAUAUUUUUGUGUAAAAAGUAAGGAGGCUUUUAUAAACAUUUUUGAAGAAAUGUUUACAGGAAACAACCAUUGUGCCACACGGGCUAACUUGGGGUGCCCGUCAGCAGCGACUUCCUGUAUGUUUUGUUUGUUUGUUUUUUAAUCCUCUAAGAGACACACCAUUUGCACUCAGCAGUCACGGGUCCGGAGCCUGUUGUUGGCCCCUAAUAUUAUUACAUUUUUUUUUUUUUUCAUGAUUCUUAAUUUCUCUCCAUCUCCAAAUAACAACAGCAGCACUAAAGCUUCACGUGAGGUGGAAGCUUGGUGUCAAUACACUUUUGAAAUGGAACGAUACAACCACAACUGCUGCACGCUUGGAAGAACAACAGUUGAAUUGAUGGGUGUUGGUUUGUGAGAUCAACACAAAAGCAAUGUAACACACACAGUAUCUCACAAAAGUGAGUACACCACUCACAUUUUUGUAAAUAUUUUAUUAUAUCGCUUCACGGGACAACACUGAAGAAAUCACACGUUGCUACAAUGUAAAGUAGUCGGUGUACAGCUUGUAAAAACUUAUAAACAUUUGCUGUUCACACAAAAAUACUCAUCACACUUGAUGGUGGUCUCACUUUUGUUGCCAGAGGUUUAGACAUUAAUGCCUGUGUGUUGUUAUUUUGAGGAGACAGUAGAAAUUUACUGUCCCCUCAGAAUAACUAAAAAAUACUGUAUAUAUUUACUGUGCCCUCAAAAUCCCUCAACAAAGCCAUUAUUUUCUAAACCGCUGGCAACAAAAGUGACUACACCUUUCAGUGAUAAUCUCCAAAGUGUAACUACAUUAUACCAACCCCAAUUCCAAUUAAGUUGCGGUGUUCUGCAAAACGUAAAUAAAACCAGAAGACAACGAUUUGCAAAUCCUUCUCAACAUAUAUUCAGUUUCUUCUUCUUCUUUUCCUUUCGGCUUGUCCCUUUAGGGGUCGCCACAGCGCGUCAUCCUUUUCCAUGUAAGCCUAUCUCCUGCAUCCUCCUCUCGAACACCAACUGCCCUCAUGUCUUCCCUCACGACAUCCAUCAACCACUUUGGUCUUCCUCAAGCUCUCUUGCCUGGCAGCUCCAUCCUCAUCACCCUUCUACCAAUAUACUCACUGUCUCUCCUCUGGACGUGUCUAAACCAUCGAAGUCUGCUCUCUCUAACUUUGUCUCCAAAACAUCUAACCUUGGCUGUCCUUGGCUUAUGAGCUCAUUUCUAAUUUUAUCCAACCUGGUCACUCCGAGAGCGAACCUCAACAUCUUCAUUUCCGCCACCUCCAGGUCUGCUUCCUGUUGUCUCUUCAGUACCACUGUCUUUAAUCUGUACAUCAUGGCUGGCCUCACCACUGUUUUAUAAACUUUGCCCUUCAUCCUAGCAGAGACUCUUCUGUCACAUAACACACCUGACACCUUUCUCCACCCGUUCCAACCUACUUGGACCCGUUUCUUCACUUCCUGACCACACUUACCAUUGCUCUGGACGGUUGACCCAAAAUAUUUAAAGUCCUCCACCCUUGCAAUCUCUUCUCCCUGUAGCUUCACUCUUCCCACUCCACCCCUCUCAUUCAUGCACAUAUAUUCUGUUUUACUUUGGCUAAUCUUCAUUCCUCUGCUUUCCAGUGCAUGCCUCCAUAUUUCUAACUGUUCCUCCACCUGCUCCCUGCUUUCACUGCAGAUCACAAUGUCAUCUGCAAACAUCAUGGUCCAUGGGGAUCCCAGUCUAACCUCAUCUGUCAGCCUAUCCAUCACCACUGCAAACAGGAAGGGGCUCAGGGCUGAUCCCUGAUGCAGUCCCACCUCCACCUUUAAUUCAUCUGUCACACCUACAGCACACCUCACCGCUGUUCUGCUGCCCUCGUACAUGUCCUGUAUUAUUCUAACAUACUUCUCUGCCACUCCACACUUCUGCAUGCAGUCCCACAGUUCCUGUCUGGGUACUCUGUCAUAGACUUUCUCUAGAUCUACAAAGACACAAUGUAGCUCCUUCAGACCUUCUCUGUACUUUUCCAUCAACAUCCUCAAGGCAAAUAAUGCAUCUGUGGUACUCUUUCUUGGCAUGAAACCAUACUGAUGCCACAGCUCUGCACAUCACCCUUGUUCUUAAAAAUCGGCACCAGCACAGUUUUCCUCCAUUCCUCAGCCAUCUUCUCACGCGCUAGAAUUCUAUUGAACAAGCUGGUCAAAAACUCCACAGCCACCUCUCCUAGAUGCUUCCAUACCUCCACAGGAAUGUCAUCAGGACCAACUGCCUUUCCAUUUUUCAUCCUCUUUAAUGCCUUUCUAACUUCCCCCUUACUAAUCAUUGCCACUUCCUGGUCCACCACACUUGCCUCUUCUCUCUCAUUUUCCUCAUUCAUCAACUCCUCGAAGUAUUCUUUCCAUCUAGCUAGCACACUGCUGGCACCAGUCAACAUAUUUCCAUCUCUAUCCUUAAUCACCCUAACAUGCUGGACAUCCUUCCCAUCUCUAUCCCUCUGUCUGGCCAACCUGUAUAGAUCCUUUUCUCCUUCUUUAGUGUCCAACCUCCCAUACAUGUCAUCAUAUGCCUCUUGUUUGGCCUUUGCCACCUCUACCUUUGCCCUGUGUCGCAUCUCAAUGUAUUCCUUUCGCCUCUCUUCGGUCCUCUCAGUGUCCCACUUCUUCUUAGCUAACCUUUUUCCUUGUAUGAUUUCCUGUACUGUGAGGUUCCACCACCAAGUCUCCUUCUUUCCUUUCCUGCCAGAAGAUACACCAAGUACUCUCCUGCCUGCCUCUCUGAUCACCUUGGCUGCAGUGGUCCAGUCUUCUGGAAGCUCCUCCUGUCCACCGAGAGCCUGUCUCACCUCUUCCCGCAAAGCUGCACAACACUCGUCCUGUCUCAGCUUCCACCACAAGGUUCUCUGCUCUGCCUUUGUCUUCCUAAUUUUCCUCCCCACCACCAGAGUCAUCUUACACACCACCAUCCUAUGCUGUCUAGCCACACUCUCCCCUACCACUCACUAUCUUACAGUCGGUAACCUCCUUCAGAUUACAUCGUCUGCACCAAGAUGUAAUCCACCUGCGUGCUUCUGGUAGGUCACCCUAUGUUCGUGCCUCUUCUGGAAAAAAGUGUUCACUACAGCCAUUUGCAUCCUUGUUGCAAAGUCUACCACCAUCUGUCCCUCCAAGUUCCUUUCCUGGACUUACCCAUCACUUCUUCAUCACCCCUAUUUCCUUCACCAACAUGUCCAUUACAAUCUGCACCAAUUACGACUCUCUCUCUGUCUGGGAUGCUCAGAACUACUUCGUCUAGCUCCUUCCAGAAUUUCUCUUUCACCUCUAGGUCACAUCCUACCUCUGGGGCAUAGCCACUAAUCACAUUACACAUAACACCCUCAAUUUCAAGUUUCAGCCUCAUCACUCGAUCUGAUACUCUUUUCACCUCCAAGACAUUCUUAGACAACUCUUCUUUUAAAAUAACCCCGACUCAAUUUCUCUUCCCAUCUGCACCAUGUUAAAAUAAUUUAAACCCUGCCCCUAAACUUCUAGCUUUGCUGCCUUUCCACCUGGUCUCCUGGACACACAAUAUAUCAACCUUUCUCCUAAUCAUCAUGUCAACCAACUCCUGAGAUUUUCCUGUCAUAGUCCCAACAUUCAAAGUCCCCACAUUCAGUUCUAGGCUCUGUGCUUUCCUCUUCUCUUUCUGCCGAAGAACCCGCUUUCCAUCUCUUCUUCGUCUUCGACUUCGACCCACAGUAGCUGAAUUUCCAACGGCGCCCUGCAGGUUGACGCCGCCGGUGGCGGACGUUGUUAACCCGGGUCACGACCGAUCCGGUAUGGAAUUCUUUGGAUGAACGCUCAUAUUUGUUUGGCAAAGUUUUAAGCCGGAUGCCCUUCCUGACGCAACCCUCUGCACCCUCUACAGUUUGCACUGGCUUGUGCCCCCCAUAGGGGUGUGUGUGUGUGUGUGUGUGUGUGUGUGUGUGUGUGUAUAUAUAUAUAUAUAUAUAUACAUACACACAUACACACACACACGAUAUUUCAUUUUAAAACUGAAAAACGUAUUCACUAAUUUUGGGUUUUAGGUUUGCAACAUGUUCCAAAAACAUAGGGGCAUGUUUUCGUCUGUUACGUCACCUUUCCUUUAAACAACAUUCAAUAAGUGUUUGGCAACUGAGGACACAAAUUGUUGAAGCUUUGUCGAUUGAUUUUUUUUCCCCAUUCUUGCUUGAUGUCCAACUUCAGUUGGUCAACAGUCUGGGAUCUCUGUUGUCUUUUUUUGCACUUUAUAAUGCGCCAAACAUUUUCAGUAGGAGACAGGUUUGGACUGCUGGCAGGUCAGUCCAAUAAUCGGGAGUCUUUUAUCACGAAGUCACUCUUGUAAUGGGUGCAGAAUGUGGCUAGGCACUGUCUUGCUGAAAUAAGCAGGGACGUCCCUGAAAAAGACGUUGCUUGAAUGGCAGUAUAUGUAUGUACCCUUCGGCAUUAAUGGUCCCUUCACAGAUGUGCAAGUGAUCCAUGCCAUGGACACUAACACAACCCCAUAACGGAUGCUCAUAAAAAUACAGAUGGUCCUUUUGGUCUUUAUCACAGAGGACACAACAGCCAUGAUUUCCAAAAACAAUUUGAAAUAUGGACUCUGCAGACCACAGCAAACAUCUCAGAUGAGCUUGGACCUAGUGUCCGGCGGCGUUACUGUUUGUUGAUACGUGGCUUUCGCUUUGCAUGGUAGAGUUUUAACUUUCAUUUGUAGAUGUAGCAACAAACUGUGUUAACUGCCAAUGGUUUUCUGAGUUGUUGCUGAGACCACGUGGAAAUAUAUUUUAUACAAUUGUGCCAGUUUUUAAUGUGGCGCCGCCUGAGGGAUCGAAGAUCACGAGCAUUCAAUGUUGGUUUUCAGCCUUGCCACUUGCAGAGAUUCUUUGAAUCUUUUGAUUAUUACUGUAUGGACCGUAGAUGAUGAAAUCCCUAAAUUCCUUGAAAUUGUACAUUGAGAAACGUUCUUAAACUGUUGGACUAUUUGCUCAUGCAGUUGCCCCGUCCUUGCUUGUGACCAACUAAGCCUUUUGGGGAUGCUCCUUCUAUACCCAAUAAUGAUACUUACUGUACCCGUUUCCAAAUAACCUGUGGAAUGUUCCAAACAGGUGUUGUGUGUUUUUUUUAGCAUUCCUCAACUUUCCCAGUCUUUUGUGGCCCCGUCCCAGCCUUUUGGGAAUGUGUUACAGGCAUCAAAUUCAAAAUGAGAGAAUAUUUGCAACAAAAAAAAACUAACGUUCAUCAGUUUGAACAUUAAAUAUCUUGUCUUUGUAGUGUUUUCAGUUGAAUAUAGGUUGAAAAGAAUGUGCAAAUCAAUGUAUUCUGUUUUUAUUUACGUUUUACACAAUGUCCCAACUUCACUGGAAUUGGGGUUUGUAGCAAUGUCUCAUUUCUUCGGUGUUGUCCAGUGAAUGAAAAGAUAUGUGAAUAUGAAAAAUGUGACGGUUGGCCUCACUUUUUGUGAUAUACCAUACAUACACAACAGGCUCACAUUGCCUUGUGUUCAUGAAUGUUUUAGCGGUAAUUUGCUUGUGAUUAGUGUUUGGGGGGGGGUGGGGACUUGAUUUUGUAGAUGCUCAAUGGAAAUGUUUUGUAGUUGGUAAUAAGAAAAAUCACUCCUGCUCCUAUCCAUGGAUGUUCUUUCUUUUAUUUUAUUGUUGCCACUCCCUUUUAGUUGUGUGUGUGUGUGUUUUUUUUGUUGUAAACAAAGUCUCGUACUUUUUUGGGGAAUAGUUUUCUCGUUGUGCAGCAACCGGCCGAAGAACAUUGUGUGCUUCACCUGUGCCGCCUCCACUGGUGCUGGCCUGGCACAUGAUGCACCUCAUCAUCCCACCCUGCAGGGACUACCUGUAGCAACUGCCUGUCGAUUUUUUACACAACACCAUGACUAUUAUUAAUGGCUAUUUCAAGGGGUUUCUUUUUAUUUUAUGCCUUAUUCCACCCAAAUGUACAAAUCUACAAAAAUGAGCGGCGCAAACCCAUGGAGGAAUGUGAUUUUUUUUUUUUUUUUAAGGAUACAAUUUUCUAAUGUUGAGAAAUAAAAAAAAAAAAGUGCUGCAUUUCAGAA